AUGCAAUUCAAGCUCGUUUCCAUCUCUCUCAUGGCCGCAGUGGCCUCGGCUCAGCUGUCGACUUCUCCAUCUUCAUCUCCUUCGCUCUCAUCCUCUAUCUCCUCAACCGCCACCCCUUCCUCUACCUCGUCAGCGGCACCAUCUGCGAGCGUGAAUGCCGCCGACUUCGACUGCGUGUACCGUGGCUGGGGCUGUGAUUGGAAGAAGUCCGAAUAUGGCUACGGCGCCGAUUACUGUGGCUCUUCUCCCUUCAAGGCCGGUCAGCAGCUUUCCGACGGUAGCCAGAUCGUGGCUGUCUCGAAGGACGGUUCGGGUGACUGCGCUUCUAAGGCGGGUGAUAAAUGCUGCCAGGUUCUUGCUGCUGAGCCUUGCAAGCGUGGUGAGAAGUACCUUGAGUGCUCGAAGCCUCAAUAG